CAGAGACUAGAGACCUAAGGCAAGCAGAAGCUUCUCAAUGUAAAAGCCACUUGUGUUAAUGAUAUCAUGCAAGUUCUAUGAUCUCUAUUAAAUAUUUCAAGUCAAUUGAGUUUCUCUAAUUUUUUGGCAUGAAGUUGAUUCUAAUGGACAUAUAUAUUUCAAGUCAAUCGAUUUCUCCAUGCAAAAUUGGUAGUCUGUUACAAGCCUAUGGUUCUCGGCAAUUUGAGAUUAAGAUAGGAGAAAUUUGGGAUUUUGUUCUGUUUUGUUUUUUGUUUUACGUUUUGGGUUUCAUCAUUUAUGGUUAUGUAUUUGGGUUUAGUCGUUCUGUGCAGGUAUGGUUUUCUUCACAAGGUGUUCGACAAAAUGCCCCAACGCCCCUGCAUCAUUGAGCUGAUUAGUUUUUCUAGAACAAAGUUUCAGGUUCGGUCUUUAAAUUAUGGAGGAUGCUUUUCUUGCCUUUGCUUGCAUAGCACACCUCACACUCAUUAUAACAGAGGAUACAACAACAAACCAUGCUGUAUUAUGCAAUGGUCCCCUUAUAAGAAGAAGUUAGAGGAUGAAAGCUCCUGUGGCAGAUACUACAAUCUACAAGUUAAAAAACUGAAGAAAGAACCAUGCAUAUUGAGUCAUCUCUUUUGGUUUUGGCUCUUGUUUGAUUUUGGUACCGAAUAUAAUUCUCAUCAGUAUUGUAGUGUCUAUGAUUGUUUACCAAUUUAUAUAUUCGUUUGCUUUUUCGCGAAAAUCCAUUUGUGAAAUGGACCUAAAACAUUUUAUCAAUUUUUUUUAUAACCGAGAAUGAUACUAUACAAGCUUGAGCUCUGGAUAUUCCAAUAUGAGUCUAAACUCGAGCAGUCAGGCCCGUGCGUCCAGAAAUUUCUCAUAUGACGACAAAUUAAGUUGGGCAAAAACUCAGAAAGGGUAUUGCUUCACAUGGGAUUUGAACUCACUCAGGUUAUCAACCCUUAUGAUACUAUUUGGCCAAGGAUAAUCUCUAUAAGUAGCAACAUCAAGCUGCAGAUUCAAGCUACAGAAAACUUGAGACUCCCUAAAACUUCUUUCUUUGAGAGCUAGAAAGAAAGAAAAAACCUAAGGCUAGCUAUGGCUUCCUCUAGACCGAGCGAGAUUCUAUUUCUUGAUUUAUCAAAUGAAGAUUUGAAGCCUGGUACUAGUACAUGGAUUGCUGCAUGUAAAGAUAUCCGUCGUGCAUUCGAAGAGUGUGGUUGUUUUGUAGCAGUUUAUGAUAAAGUUCCUCUAGAAUUUAACAAUGAUGUAUAUGCAUCAGUCGAUGAGCUCUACAAUCUCCCACCGGAAAUUAGAACCCAAAACACCAGUAAUAAGCCCUACCAUGAGUACUUUGGACAAUAUACCACUAUGCCUCUAUAUGAGUCCAUUGCUAUUGAAAACCCAUCUCUUGAUUGCGGUAAUAACAAUUUUGUAGAUCUCAUGUGGCCCGCUGGAAAUGAUCGUUUCAGGACUAGUGUCCAUUCGUUUGCGAAACUAGUAGUGGAAUUGGAUCAACAGGUGAUGAGAAUGAUCUUGGAAAGUUAUGGUAUAGAGAAGUACUAUGACUCUCACCUUGAAUCAUCUGAAUACCUGCUGAGGUUCUUUAAAUACAGAAUUCCAGAGAUGAAUGAGACUGAUGUUGGUAUACCGGCUCACACGGACAAGAACAUGGUGUCCAUAAUUCAUCAGAAUCAUGUUGGUGGACUCCAGGUUAAGAACAAGGAUGGAAAAUGGGUUGAUUUAGAGCUCUCCCCGUCGUCUUUUGUGUUCAUGGCAGCUGAAGCGAUACGGGCAUGGAGUAAUGACAGAAUAAAGCCUUGUGAACAUCAAGUCAUUAUGAAAUCAAAGGAAACCAGAUACUCCAUUGGACUAUUUUCGUUUAACCGCGGAAUUACCAGCGUACCAGAGGAACUUAUCGAUGAUUUACAUCCUUUACAAUUCAAGCCAUUCAAUAUGUACGACUACCUUCGUUUCCAUAAAUCAGAUGAGGGAAAGAGAGUGAAUGGCUCCAUCAAGGCAUUCUGUGGUGUUUGAGUCUUUGAGACCCCCCUAGUUUCCCUAUGAACACACUGGUGGGUUCUUUCUGGUUGUACAUACAUGUUUUCUUCAGCAUGUAUUUAUUGUUGGGGUUUCUUUAUUUCUUCAAGAAACAAAAAAUGUAAAAUAAAGAUGUAUAUUUGUUGUAUGUAUGUCUGAGAGUGUGAACGAUUUACGCCAUAGUUUGUGCAAAAACUCUUGUAAAAUAUUGAUCUCCAUGAAUUACUAGC